AUGGCUCGGGGCCGAGGGCCCACUGUCAGCCUGGUGCUGCUGGGGCUGGGGCUGGCAGUGGUCAUCAUUGUGCCCACAGUGGUCCUCUUCAGACACCAUCCCCCCUGUGGCCCCCAAGCCUUUUCUCGUGCAGCUGUAGCCGCUGACUCCAAGGUUUGCUCAGACAUCGGACGAACUAUCCUGCAGCAGCAUGGCUCACCCACGGACGCUGCCAUCGCAGCUCUGCUCUGCACUGGUGUUGUCAACCCUCAGAGCAUGGGUCUGGGUGGAGGGGUCAUUUUCACCAUCUACAAUGCAACUUCAGGGAAGGUGGAGAUCAUCAAUGCCAGAGAAACAGUGCCCAGCAGCCCGGUUCCAGACCUCCUGGACCAGUGUGAGCAGGCCCAGCCGCUGGGCACAGGGGUCCGCUGGAUCGGGGUCCCCGGGGAACUCCGUGGCUAUGCUGAGGCCCACCGCCGCCAUGGCCGCCUGUCCUGGGCACAGCUAUUUCAGCCCACCAUUGCUCUGCUACGUGGGGAUCACCGUGUGCCCUCCAUCCUCGGCCGCUUCCUGAGCAACAGUUUCCUGCGGCCUUUCCUGCUCUCCUCGUCUCUGAGGCAGCUCUUCUUCAAUGGAACAGAGCCCCUGAGGGCUCAGGACCCACUGCCAUGGCCUGCCCUGGCCUCUACCCUGGAGACUGUGGCUGCAGAGGGUGCAGAGGCCUUCUACACGGGAGCACUGGCCCAGAUGCUGGUGGAGGACCUAGCCAAGGAGGGGAGCAGGCUGACCUUGCAAGACUUGGCUGCCUUCCAGCCUGAGGUGGUAGAAGCCCUGGAGUUGCCCCUGGGGGACUACACCUUGUAUUCACCGCCACCACCAGCAGGGGGUGCAGUUCUCAGCUUCAUCCUCAACGUGCUGAGGGGGUUCAACUUCUCCUCGGAGUCUACGGCUAGUCCUGAAGGGCGUGUGAACGUGUACCAUCAUCUGGUGGAGACACUCAAGUUUGCUGGGGGGCAGAGGUGGCGCCUGUGGGACCCUCGGAGCCACCUGGAAGCCCAGAAUGCCUCCCAGGAUCUGCUAGAGAAGACCCUGGCCCAGUACAUCCGCCAGCAGAUUGAUGCCCGAGGGGAUCACCCGCUAAAUCACUACAACUUGGCUGGGCACGGGGGCCAGCUGAUGGGCACAGCCCACGUGUCGGUGCUGGGGGAGGAUGGUAGUGCCGUGGCUGUUACCAGCACUAUCAACACACCCUUUGGUGCAAUGGUUUACUCUCCGCGGACGGGCAUCCUGCUCAACAAUGAACUCCUAGACUUAUGCUGGAGACGCCCAUCAGGCUCUGGCAUCACCCCCCAACCUGUGGUGAAUAGGGACAAAGAAGGAAGGCAUGGACUCAAGAGGUGAUGCCUUGAGUGAUACUUGGUCUGACCCCCAGUUCCAGGUGAACGGCCUCCUUCAUCCAUGGUUCCCUCCAUCUUGGUCAACAUGGCUCAGGGGUCAACGCUGGUGAUUGGCGGGGCUGGCGGGGAGCUUAUCAUCUCUGCCGUCACCCAGGCCAUCAUGAACAAGCUGUGGCUUGGCUUUGAUCUGAGAGCAGCCAUCACCGCCCCCAUCCUACAUGUCAACAGCAUGGGUCGUGUGGCAUACGAGCCCAACUUCAGCCAGGAGGUGCAAAUGGGGCUCCGGGACAGGGGCCAGAAUGAGACUAGGAUACCCAUCUUCCUGAACGUGGUCCAGGCUGUGUCCCAGGAGGGGGCCUGUGUGUUCGCUGUGUCUGACCCAAGGAAGGAUGGGGAGGCCGCAGGCUACUGA